GCACUUAUUAGGACCUCGGUUUACAAAAAAACUCCGAAAAAAUUAUUUUUCAAAGAAUGUCAAAAGAAAUGAAAGAAACCGACCUUAAAGAAUCAAAUUAUUAUAUCGAUUGGUUAGAAAAAUCGAUUGCAAAUGAAUAUCUUAAUUAUUAUGAAUAUUCUGAAUUUAAAAACCUAAAACCUUUAGGAAGUGGUUCAUAUGGAAGUGUCGUUCGUGUUAAUUGGAAAAAUGCUUUAUUCGCUCUAAAAACUUUUAAUAAUGAUAAAAUAACGCUUAAAGAAGUCGUUAAUGAGAUAAUAUUACAAAAAAAGGUAGAUUUUCACGAAAAUAUUUUACGUCUCUGUGGCAUUACAAAGAUAGAAGCUGAAAAAAAAUAUUCGUUAGUUUUAGAAUAUGCCGAUAAUGGUACAUUAAAAACUUACUUGAACGAGGAAUUUAAUGAACUCGUUUGGAAUGAUAAAUAUCAGUUAUCAUUUCAAUUAGCUAGCGCAGUAGCAUUUUUACAUGAAAAUGACAUUAUUCAUCGUGAUCUGCACGCAGAUAAUGUACUUGUACAUCAGAAAAAGAUCAAGCUGGCAGACUUCGGCUUGUCAAAAAAGAUCGCUAAAGCAUCAAGUAAUAGAUCACAAAUAUGUGGUAUAAUACCUUUUGUUGACCCAAGAAGCUUAAAUGAUCAUGAUUACAAGUUAAACGAAAAAUCUGAUGUAUAUAGUAUUGGAGUAUUAAUGUGGCAAAUUUCAAGUGGAAUUCGACCAUUUUCUGAUUUAAAUUAUGACGCAGGUUUAAUGUUGUCUAUAGUAAAUGGUAAACGAGAAGAAAUUAUCGAUAAUACUCCUAUCGAAUAUAGUAACUUAUAUUCAGAAUGCUGGAAAGAUGAACCAGAUGAACGUCCGUAUAUGCAAGAAGUUGUUUUAGCUCUUAAAUCAAUAAUUUUUCCCGAUCAAUACUGUGUAAAUAAUCAUUGUAAUGAUGAUCCAUUGCAAGAAUCUUUAGAUAUAAGUGGUAAUUCAAAUAUGAAUGAUAAUCAAGAUAUAAAUGACGAUUCUUCAGAUGUAAAUGAUGAUUUAGAUAUAAAUGAUUUUUCAGAUAUUAUACCAAAUAAUAUUGGCAAUUUACAAGAUCAAGCAUCUAUUAAAUCAGUGCGAGUAAUGAGAUUUAAAAGUAAUCAAUCUAGCACAUCAAUUCAGACGGAUUUGUCAAAAGAUUCAUCUGAUUCAAAAUUUGAUAUUAUUAAUUAUUCAUUCAUUGACAAAUUAAUUACAUUUAUUAUUAAAAAACAUGAUAAAGGUUAUACUUUUGAUCAAAUUCAACAAUUACUUGAUCAAAUAACAUUGCAAUUUGAUCAAAUUACAAAUAAUCUUAUUAUUAAUUGGCUUACAAAAAAUCAAGAUAAAUCAGCAUAUAUAUGGCUUUUUGGACUACUUUAUUAUUAUGGCAUUGGAAUAGAAGAAAAUGACAAUAAAUCAUUUGAAUUAUUUUUAAAAGCAGCAGAAAAUAACUAUUCAAUAGCACAAGUCUAUCUUGCUAAAUGUUAUGAUGAUGGAUAUGGAACUGAAGUAAAUAAAAAUCUAGCAUUCAAUUGGUAUCAAAAAGCUGUAGAAAAUAGAAGUAUUGUUGGACAAUUUUAUUUAGGAUAUUGCUAUGAAUUUAAUAUUGGAACUAAGAAUAAUAAAAAUAAAUUUAUUGAAUGGUAUCAAAAAGCAGCUGAUAAUGGAAAUACAACUGCAAAACUUUAUUUAGCAAAUUGUUACAGAUUAGGAAAAGGGAUAAAAAAAAAUGAAUCUAAAGCAUUUGAAUAUUAUAAAAUAUUAGCAGAAAAGAAAUCACAGAUGCUCAAUAUCAACUUGGAAAUUGUUAUCAUUAUGGAAUUGGAACAGAAAUUGAUAAAAAUCAAGCUUUUAAUUGGUAUAAAAAGGCAGCAAUUAAUGGAAAUAUUGUUGCAAUAUAUAUUCUUGAACAAAAUUAUAAUAAAAAAUUUAAUACUAAAAAAAAUAAAAGUAUGAAUAUUAAAAUUCAUAAAGUAAUAUAUUUUGAGGGAUUAAUAUUUGUUGGAGAGAGCAAUUAUUUUGGUGUCGGAAUGAAACAGAAUUAUAAAAAAGCAUUUUAUUAUUUCCAAAAAGCAGCAAAAGGUGGAAAUAAUUUUGCACAAUAUUGUUUAGGUUAUUGCUAUGAAAAUGGUAAAGGUGUGAAAAAAAAUAAUAGAAAAGCUUUUCAAUUAUAUUAAAAAUCGGCUGAGCAAGGGCAUUCUUAUGCUCAAUUAGAACUUGGAUAUUGCUAUUCUUUUGGAAUUGGAACUGAAAUUAAUAAUUCAAAAGCAUUUGAUUUAUAUAAAUUAGCAGCAGAAAAAGGUCAUUUAUAUGCUCAAUAUUUACUUGGAAUUUGUUAUAAUAUUGGAAUUGGAACUGAAAUU